UUUUUUUUUACUAGUAAUGGUGGCGAUCAGCGACUUAUACUGCGGUGGUCAUUCUGACACUAGGGGGACCUGACUUGGUGUCACUGACAUCCCCAGUGACACCAAUACAGUGAUCAGUGCUAACAAAAAGCACUGACACUGUACUAAUGGCACUGGGCAGGAAGGGGUUAACAUGUGGGGGGAUCAAAGGGUCCACUGUGUGCUGUGUGUGUGUUUUUCUGUGGGCUGUGUGUGUGCUUUACACUGUAGGCACACUGCUUUGUACGGCUCUGCUAUGCAGAGCCGUACAAAGCAGUGUGCAGGAGCUGACAGGGGAGAGAACUGUAUUGUUUACAUGCGGUUCUCUCCCCCAAAUGCAAAAU